AUGAGUCCGAGAACAAAGGACCGGCGUCAUUGCACACUGUUGAGCACGUGCUUCGGGCUCCGCGAAUCGCCUGAGGGCUGUAAUCUAGAUAAUUGUCUCGCACUUUGUCUUCUUUCAAUUCCAAGAAUCUCCGCCCACUCGGGCCAGCCAUUUCGUACAACUCGCGUCGCUUUUCACUGGGUUUUUUGUGUGCGAGCUUCUUGGAAAAAUUCAUUAGAGGACGGAAUAAAUUAUAGACUUGUCAGGGGAAUAUAGAAGCCGCGCCCAUCACCACCAGACCCUCCUUCCUUCCGUCCGCUAAGCCCCAUUCCUAACGAGAACACCUCCUUCCUUUCUAUUUUUCUAGAUUUCGGUUCGGUGAGUUGGUAGGUUACUGUAAUUCCGCGCGAGUUUCAGCCAAAUGGGAAAGGAGCGAGUGAACCUGAUCCUGGUGGUUGGUGGUUGAACGCUUCUUGUCUCCUGACUAACUGUCCUUUCGGAAUCCCGUCCCAGGAGCACCCAAACGAGCUCUUUCACGUCAUUCACUACUAAUCCUUAUGUCUCUUUCACAUCCGGUCACAUUUCCCGUUUCGUAUAGCUGAAACACUGAAAGUCCAUCCAAUUAGAACGUCUGCUGUCAUCCGCACAAUCCCGUCGUCAUCCACUUUUCUGUCUGCUCCUGACUCAUCCUGUUUGUCGCGCCCGUCUGCGAGACAGUAGCUCCCAAGGCGCCCAACCACCUCUUUAAAUACUUCAGAAUCGCUCGCUCCUCUCAUUCUCGACAAUGCGCUUCUUCGCCGCCGUCCUCCUCCUCGCCUUCGUGCUCAUUGCGACCUUCGGUAAGUGGCUCACUCCCCCCGUCCCUCCAACCUUUCUGCUUCUUUUCAGAUGUCUCCGCGGCUCAGUCGCGCAUCGACCGCAGCGCCGCAUGGUUUAAGCCGGCUCCGAACGUGCGCUCACCAUCGUAUUCCAGGUCGCGGCUCGGCGGUUCGCGUCUGCUCCCCCGCCGCAUGUACCGCAGUCUGCCCAGCAACGACUAUCAGGCGGUCUGGGAGAAGCUCGUACGUUCAGAAGUUGGCUAUUAGAGCCACAUCGAGUCUGGUACUUUGCAGGCCGAUGCGGCGGAAACCGAAGAGGCCCUCUAA